GAAAAAAAGUAAAAAUAAUUAAAUUAUUCCUAUGGAAUCUCUAUCUCUAGAACACAAAACCGCGUCCCGCCCCGCGCCAUUCUCUGAAAGCACAGCGUGCCACGUCGCCCGAAAAAGCAACGACCAUUGGAUCGGGCCAUCGAACGGCCAUGGCAGCGGGCGGGCUCGCGAGCUCCAGGCACCGCCUCCGUCCUCCUGCCCGAGCAGCAGCGCCGCCGUGCCUCGCACCGGCCACCGCGGAUCCGACCGACGGCUAGGAUCCUGUGCAGGGUACCAGGCCGGGCGCGGCCUCCGUCCUCCGGCCCGACCUCCCUCCCCGGCACGAGCCACGGGUCACGCCGGGCCGCCCGUGCCGCCGCGCCGCGCCAAGCUGGGCCACCGCGGAGGACGUGAACGGAGGAGGCUGGAUCCGCGCAGGGCAUGGCGGAUCUGCGGCGGCCGGCCCUCUGCCCCCUCGUCCCCACUCCUCCCGCGACCUCCCAUGGUGGCGGCGGCGGCUGCCGGAUCCGGGCGCUCCAAGCUCCGGCGGCGCGCGGUGGGACGACGGCUCCCGUCACGGCGCCGCGCCUGCCGCCGUUGGAGGAGGAUGGCGAGGUGCUGGACAGCAGCUCGGCAGCAUCUGCAGCUUCCGUGCCCCCCACCUGCUCCUUCCUGCUCACUAUUGCUGGCCCUCAUUCGAUCAAAUGGGCAUAAAGGUUAUGAUAUCUCUAACCCAGAUUUAUUCAGUAUGAAGGAUGCGUUAGCUACAGCUAAACCUCAGCCAUCUGAUCACCAACCUCCUCUGCCGAAUGAAGGAGCUCGAACUAUUUCCAAUAAAGUAUACAGUGAAGUUCACCCGAACGAGAAUAUAAAGAACAAUGACCUUGAACUGGUUGUGGAACUUUCCAAAUUGUAUAUCAUGGUAAAUGGCGAGGCACUGAAGCUGCAACAAAUAUAAUCAAUGACAGAUCUUUUGCUGGGAAACCAUCUGAGCAAGAAAAGAAGCAGGCUGGAGAUGGCUAGCCCUGCCAGGUAAUUUGAUUUUCUUUUUUUUCUUUGGUCCAUUGCUAUAUGGAUUUAUUUUACAGCAGUCCUCAUGUUACCUGAAAACGCUUCUCUUAGUCAUGUUCUUCUAGCUACGAAAUCUAAUAUGUCACAUUAGUAUUCCUCACCAUUAUAGGGCAUGAGUUAUCACAAUAUAAUACCAUUGUAUUGAUAGUCUGAACUUUAAGACAUUAAGUGGAUCAAUAUUGUUUUCUGAAUAUUUCAGGAAUGGUUGGUUGCCUAACUUCUUUGGUUCUAUGAUUUCAGUUAAUUCUUAGAAAUACCAAUGUAUUGUUGUUAAGAUUUAUAGAUUUCUGUGAUUUCUGAACUUA